ACACAUCUCACACUCUCAAUCUCACACCAAAACCCUAACACAACAAUGACCAAAGUCUACGGCACCGGAGUAUACGACUUCCGGCGCCACCGCGUCGCCGAGUAUCCCGUCGCCGUCACCGACCAACCGGUUACCGAAAGACCACCGGAAUCAAAACCUGGAACCAAUAUUUCAUCUUCAAUAACCCUAGUCGAAAUCCAGCGUGACCGGCUGACUAAAAUCGCCAAUGCAAACUGGGCGAAAACCGAAAAGCCGGCGUAUAAUGCUGAGCUGGUGAAGGAGAUUUAUGAGACGGAGUUGAAGGUGAAGGAGGAGGCAGGGGGAGCGAGACGGACGGUGCCGUUACAGCGGGUUAUGAUUCUGGAAGUUAGUCAGUAUUUGGAGAAUUAUUUGUGGCCGAAUUUUGACCCCGAGACCAGCUCGUUUGAGCACGUUAUGUCUAUGAUUCUUAUGAUUAAUGAGAAGUUUCGAGAGAAUGUUGCUGCUUGGAUAUGCUUUUAUGAUAGAAAGGAUAUGUUUAAGGCAUUUCUUGAGAGGGUUCUCAACUUGAAGGAGGGUAGAAGCCUGACUAUUGCAGAGAAGACAAACUAUCUACUUUUUAUGAUUAAUGCCUUCCAGAGCUUGGAGGAUGAUAUUGUAAGCAACAAAGUCAUGAGAUUGGCAAGUCUUCGUUGCUGGCAUAGUCUAUCAUAUGGUCGUUUUCAGAUGGAGCUUUGUCUUAAUCCAGAUUUGAUUAAAAAAUGGAAAAGAAUUGCAAAAAAGGACAAGGAGGCAAAGAAACGUGGCGAAUCUUUUGACAUGUCAGUAAUGCUCGAAGUGAAGUUCUUGAGAAAUUUUAUUGGAGAAUUUCUAGAGGUACUUGACUCCAAGGUAUUUGACUACGAUGAUGAAAAUGGAGGGUCCAAUGUGCAUGGCUUUGAAAAGGUGAAUGAAGCUUCAAUCUUGUAUUGCGAGAGGUUUAUGGAAUUCUUAAUUGAUCUUCUUAGCCAGCUUCCGACCAGGAGAUAUUUUAAACCUCUUGUUGCUGAUGUGGCCGUGGUUGCAAAAUGUCAUUUGAGUGUUCUUUAUAGACAUGAAAAAGGCAAGCUUUUUGCACAGUUGGUUGACUUGCUGCAGUACUAUGAAGGUUUCGAGAUCGAUGAUAACUUAGGGAGACAAAUGACAGACGAUGAAGUGCUUCAAGCUCAUUAUGAACGCUUCCAGGCUUUCCAGCUUCUUUCAUUUAAAAAGAUACCAAAGUUGAAAGAACUUGCACUUGCUAACAUUGGAGCCAUUCAUAAGCGUGCUGAUCUUUCAAAGAAAUUGUCUGUACUUUCUCCUGAUGAAUUAAGGGACUUGGUUUGCAAUAAGCUUAAAUUGAUCUCAAAGAACGAUCCAUGGACUGAAAGAGUUGAGUUUCUUAUUGAAGUGAUGGUUUCUUUUUUUGAAAAGCAACAGUCACAAAAAGAAGCUAUCAAUGCCCUGCCACUGUAUCCAAAUGAACAGAUAAUGUGGGAUGAAAGCCUUGUCCCUAGCAUCAACUACUCUGGAGAAGGUUGCCUGGCACUUCCAAAACUGAAUCUACAAUUUCUAACACUUCAUGAUUAUCUUCUUAGAAACUUCAAUCUUUUUCGUCUCGAAUCCACUUAUGAGAUUCGUGAAGACAUUCAGGAAGCUGUUCCACAUCUUCUUGCGUAUACUAAUAAUGAAGGUCAACCUGCUUUCCGUGGUUGGUCAAGAAUGGCAGUACCCAUUCAAGAAUUUAAAAUUACUGAAGUGAAACAGCCAAAUAUCGGAGAGGUAAAACCAUCAUCUGUAAUUGCAGAGGUUACUUUCAGCAUAUCCAGUUACAGAGCACAGAUAAGGACGGAAUGGAAUGCUUUAAAAGAGCAUGAUGUACUGUUUUUGCUUUGUAUUCGUCCAUCAUUUGAACCGUUAAGUGAUGAUGAGGCAGCAAAUGCGACUGUUCCACAAAAACUUGGCCUUCAGUUUGUUCGAGGUUGUGAAGUUAUUGAGAUGCGUGAUGAAGAAGGAACUUUGAUGAAUGACUUCACUGGAAGAAUUAAGCGAGAUGAGUGGAAGCCACCAAAAGGUGAAUUGAGAACAGUGAGGGUUGCCCUCGAUACUGCACAGUAUCAUAUGGAUGUUAGUGAUAUUGCCGAGAAAGGCGCAGAAGACGUUUAUGGUACAUUUAAUAUCUUGAUGAGGAGAAAACCGAAGGAGAAUAAUUUUAAAGCAAUCUUGGAAUCUAUAAGAGACCUUAUGAAUGAAACCUGUAUUGUUCCGGAUUGGUUGCAUGACGUAUUUUUGGGCUAUGGGAAUCCUUCUGCCGCUCAAUGGACCAAUAUGCCUGAUCUUCUCAAGACCGUUGAUUUUAAAGAUACGUUUCUUGAUGCUGAUCAUGUUAGAGAAUGUUUUUCAGACUACCAGGUAAUGUUUACAGAUGCAGAUGGUACGGAGAAUCUGAAUCCCGGACCCCCAUUCCGAAUUAAUAUUCCCAGGAAUUUAAAAGGAAUUUCGCAUGCUCUUUCUGGAAACGAGAAGUCCACCAAAGAUUCAGUUGAUCUUACCACCAACAACGGUGCUGAAAGUGAGAAAGAAAAACUUAUUGUUGAGGCCUAUAUGCCACCUGAUCCUGGUCCAUAUCCUCAAGAUCAGCCAAAGCAGAACUCUGUUAGGUUUACUCCUACGCAGGUUGGAGCAAUCAUAUCAGGGAUACAGCCAGGGCUCACAAUGGUAGUGGGUCCACCCGGUACUGGAAAGACUGAUACUGCAGUCCAGAUAUUGAAUGUACUUUAUCACAAUUGUCCUUCUCAGAGGACUUUAAUAAUUACACACUCAAAUCAGGCUUUGAAUGAUCUCUUUGAAAAGAUAAUGGAGAGGGAUGUGCCAGCCCGUUAUCUUCUCCGACUUGGUCAAGGUGAGCAAGAAUUAGCAACUGAUCUUGACUUUAGUCGCCAAGGUCGAGUUAAUGCAAUGCUUGUGAGACGUUUAGAAUUGCUUAGUGAAGUGGAAAGACUUGCAAGAUCUUUGCAACUUCCUGAGGAUGUUGGCUAUACAUGUGAAACUGCUGGCUACUUCUGGUUGCUUCAUGUCUACUCACGUUGGGAACAGUUUCUAGCUGCUUGUGAGAAGAAUCAAGACAAACCUGCAUUUGUUAAAGAUCGGUUCCCCUUCACUGAAUUUUUCUCCAACACUCCACAACCUGUUUUCAGCGGGAAAUCAUUUGAAGAAGACAUGCGUGCUGCUAAAGGUUGUUUUAAGCACCUUAAAACCGUCUUUCAGGAGCUUGAAGAAUGCCGAGCAUUUGAGUUGCUAAAGUCAACUGUUGACCGAGCAAAUCAUCUGAUGACUAAGCAAGCAAAAAUUGUUGCAAUGACUUGCACUCAUGCAGCUUUGAAAAGAAAGGAUUUCCUACAGUUGGGAUUUAAAUAUGAUAAUCUGUUAAUGGAAGAGAGUGCCCAGAUUUUAGAAAUCGAGACUUUCAUCCCGAUGCUACUGCAAAGACAAGAAGAUGGGUAUGCUAGACUUAAAAGGUGUAUUUUGAUUGGUGAUCAUCAUCAGCUGCCACCUGUUGUGAAGAAUAUGGCUUUCCAGAAGUACAGUCACAUGGAUCAAAGCUUAUUUACAAGAUUUGUUAGGUUGGGAAUCCCGUACAUUGAGCUCAAUGCUCAGGGUAGAGCUAGGCCAAGCUUAGCCGAGCUUUAUAAUUGGAGAUAUAGGGAUUUAGGUGAUCUUCCUUAUGUUAAAGAGAAUCCUUUUUUCCAUACAGCUAAUGCUGGAUUCUCUUAUGACUAUCAGCUGAUUGAUGUGCCUGAUUAUCAUGGGAAAGGUGAAACAGCUCCAUCUCCUUGGUUUUAUCAAAAUGAGGGGGAGGCUGAAUAUCUUGUUAGUGUCUACAUCUACAUGCGGUUAUUAGGGUAUCCAGCAAAUAAAAUAUCCAUCUUGACCACUUAUAAUGGCCAGAAACUUCUGAUACGUGAUGUUCUUAACAGAAGAUGUGCUCCCUACGAUUUUAUUGGCCUUCCAAACAAGGUUGCAACAGUUGACAAGUUUCAAGGUCAGCAGAAUGAUUUCAUUUUGCUGUCACUUGUUAGGACUCGGUUUGUGGGACACCUUCGUGAUGUCAGAAGGCUGAUAGUCGCAAUGUCUCGUGCACGAUUAGGACUAUAUGUAUUUUGUCGGCGCUCACUUUUUGAGCAAUGUUAUGAACUGCAACCUACAUUUCAGCUUCUGCUCCAAAGGCCUGAUCGUCUUGCCCUCAACUUGCAUGAGAGGGCACGAACUACCAAUCGUCUUGUUGGAGACACAGGACCCAUUCAUUAUGUGAAAGACGUUGAAGAAAUAGCUGGGCUCGUUAACUAUAAAAUGCAUGAAGUUUAUCAGGCACGAAUGAUGAGCCACCAGUUUUCAGAUUAUUCUGGACAAAAUGAGUCAACAGGAAGAACAAGUGAGGACAAUGGUGUGCCAGUUGAUUCAUCUGAGCAUGAUGAUAUGCACAUUGAUUCACAGAAUCUGCCAAGUGACGAUCAACCGGUGGCCACAGAGACACUGAACUCUGACAAUAAAACCAAUGAGGAUAUGCAAUUAGAUGCUACUGUAGAAACCACUGGAGCAGACAAAGAGGAAACUCUUCAUUUGAAUGCUGAAGAAAAUAGCAAGAUGGAACAAUGAUCUGGUAAAGAGCAUUUCAUUCAAUGGCUUGAUGAAAUGGUUCCGUCUUCCUUCACCACAUUAUAUGUUAUAUAUACAUUUAUAGAUGGUGUUUGGGAUUACGUUUUGGAAAUAGGUUAUGCUGUUUGUAUAAUCAGUUUUGGAUAAUUAAUUGUAAAAACGUGAUGUAGAAUCAUAGUGUCUGAAAUUGAGCAUGCUGUUUAAUAUUGUUAUAAUCAGAUUAAUUAGUUUUUUUU